CAAAGGUGUGACUACAUCCCUUUAAUAUUCUUUUAUUCUUAACUGUAUGUAUAUAUCUCAUGAGCACACAUGCAUACAUUGUUAUUGUUACAGUGAGAAAAGACAGAAGAUCACGGGAACAUGAAGGAAAUGAAGGAAACUCAACAUGAUCCAAUAAGGGUGAUACUAAGCGACGAAGUGUUGUUGGGGGUAGUAGCAGUGACCUCAAUGUUAUUAUGUUUUCUAUUGAUUAUCCUUCCAGCAUUAAAGAUGUCAUCAUCUGGUGGUAAAUUCAUUACAGAUCAUGCUGGAGGUCUUUCGUUCAUUUCCUUCGUUCUUGUUACAUUUUUCCUAUUAUUUAUAUUUGGUAUGAUAGCAAGCCACCCAGUUAAUAACAACAUUUUUACAAUGUUAUACGUAUUGCUGCUAUUAACUGCAAUUUCAGUUAUAGAAAUGAGCAUUGUUUCAUUGGUUGGUGCUAUGUUCACUUUGUUCAUAUGGAUGGCCGCAAUUGCAAAGAUAGUUUAUCUUAACUGGAAAAAGAUCCAUAAUGUAGAUAUAGUAGUUUUGAAGAGAAUUCAAAAAUUUGUAGCACCAAUUUGUAUCAUUUCUGUAAUUUGGAAUGUUAAUCGCAUAUUUCAUGCCUUCAAUCCUUAA